CUUGGUGCGCCGUUUGUAAUUGCGACAACAAAGCUAAGUUGGACGAUAGGCCACAAAAAAGUUAUUUUGGCUUCCCAAAAAACAAAAAAACCUUGGACCAAUGGCUAGAGUUCUGCGGCAGCAAAGUUGAAAUAAACCCAAGAACAGAUCAUAUUUGCAGCGAUCAUUUCGCCCCAGAGGAUAUACAAGGCACUAUGCAAUGGGAAAUGGGACUGCUCUCUAAGCGAACUUUGAAGUUAGGCGCAGUUCCCUGUGUUAACAGAAACGAUAUGAGCUUUGACAAUCAUAAGGAAAAGUCUGAACAGCACAAUAACAAAAGGCUGGUUGCUCAGCUGCUGACCAAAGCUGAAACAAAUAGGCCAAACAGGCGCUCUAAAACACGUGCAUGCACAACAAGCAUUCCUGAACCAAGACGUGCAGACGAGAGUCAUAAGUCACUGGAAAUUGUACCAACUUUUGUGGAGGAAGUUUCCGAAGAUAGGGAGAAAACACGAAGAAAUACUAAGGUAGCAUCUAAAAUAAUACCAGCCAUCCAGACUAACAACUUACAAGAAGCUGAAAUAAAUCCUUUGGAAGAGAUGCCACUGGAUGUUGCAAUCGAUGACGAUAUGUGUGAAUUUAAUUCCGUUUCUGUUGCGGAUUGGGCAGAUAGUCCUCAACAGCUAAAAGAAGGAGAGAUUAAAGAAGCUGAUCCCAAUAUUAUAGAAUUCCAUGCAUUGAAUAGUGACAAAGACCCAAGUGAACAGAAACUAUUUGAAAAUAAUUAUCCCAAAAGAUCUAAAACCUCAUCAGUUUAUGGCAACAACAGAAAUAUUAAUAACGUGGAUAAAUGCCGGACAUGUGAUCGUUAUUUUGUCGCCGAUGCGGAAACCAAGGAUCUUCUUCAUGAAACUAACAGAGUAUUAUUAUAUAACAUAAAAACGAUCACAGGUAUAACGCUCCGACUGUUGGAGGGUCUACCUCAUUACAUCUGUUCGGGGUGCCUUUUAGACUUAGGCAGAGCGAUUGCUUUUCGAGAAAAUUGCAUACGAACCGAAGGGACUCUAAGACUGCAAUCUGCACAUCUACAAAACUCGCAGUCAACUGAGGUCGUAAGGGAAACCAGUAAUGAUGAUAGUAAGGAAUUUUUUAAAAUAGGAGUGGAAGAUUCAGCGGAAGUUUAUUCUGACGGAGUUUCCGACUACGCCAAUGAUUCAGAUAAUUCAUGUGGAAUUGAGGUAGAACAUACCGUUAAGCAAGAGAAUGCACCAACCAAAAAAGUACAAAGCGGACAUAUUGAUGAUCCUCUUGGUAUGGGAUUGGAUGAACAACAUUUAAAACGAAAUGUAUGUACAGAUAACGAUUCAAAUAAAAUUGUUGAAAAAGUACACCAGGAGAAACGUAGGAAAAUUGAGGGCAAGAGAAGACGGCUCCAAAAUCAGAAAACUCAAAAAAUAGUCUGUGAUAUUUGUGGUUACGUUACAAAAAGAAAUGAUAACUUCAAAAUGCAUAUGCUACGUCACACCGGUAGUAAAGACUACCAAUGUCCAGAGUGCCCUGAGAAAUUUUACAAUAACUACUUGGUGCAGUUGCACAUACGAACUAUACACAAAAAUGAAAAACCAUUCAAGUGCCGUUACUGUGAGAAAGUCUUUACUCAAGCCGGCUCACGAAAUUAUCAUGAGAAAAUGUUACAUCCAACAAAACAUCUAGCAGACGAGUUGCCGUCCGAACCACCCGAAUCACAAGUCCAAUUGCCCUUUUGUUGCAUAUAUUGCGCCAAAUCAUUUGAUACAGAGUAUGCCUUGGAGCAUCAUGUUAAAUUGCACAAUACUGAAACACCCUUUAAGUGCAAUUAUUGCGAGCAACGAUUUGCUAGCCAUAUAGACGCUAACAAACACGAGUUGACUCACAACGAGAAACCGUUUGUGUGCAAUAUAUGCUCGAAAGGCUUCUCUUAUAAGGCCCGCCUUGAGUAUCAUAUGACUAUGCAUAGUGGAGAUCGUCCAUACAAAUGCGAGACAUGCAACGUCGCCUUUCGUCGACCAAACAACUUGGCCACGCAUAAUCUAUCUGUAACCCACGAGCGAAACCUGAAAAAAACCGCUAGUGAUUGUCCAGAGGUCACGUGAGAGUAUGACGUCCAAUUAGAAACCUAUAAAUGCACCAAAUCAUGCAAACAAAUACAAAUUUAAUAGCAAA